AUGCCAGUCGAAGAAACAACUACGGAGGCUGACGCCAACACAUCACCUCCCGUGUCCAGACUGACCACGGACGUACUGCUGAUAGUGAUGGACCACCUCCAAAAAGACUUUGGUCCAUACGACUUCCCACGAGACAUUCGAAGAGUUUGCAGAGCCUGGAACGAUGCGGCUAUACCUUAUGCUUACGCGAACGUGGAUCUCACAAGAGCUUUGAGGAAAGGCAUCAUCUCCGUGCUGUGGUCAGGAGAUGCAGUUGCUGGUGCGGUUGGCGCAAUUGUAAAGAGCAACACCAGAAAUGUCCUUCUAGGACAAGGAAGAAAGCACAUAAUAUCCGACUGGCGUCAGAUGAACGCAUUUCUUUCGAGAUGUCAAAAGUUGGAAAAUAUUACAUUCUGUUGGCUGAGCAGUUCGGGAGAACCCCAAGUUCCCUGUUCACCAAGCACGCUUGAUUUUGGUUUUCAUGCGGCCUUGAAUUUUGAAUUUCCUACCGAACUUGUCAACGCACUACCAUCUACCUACCCCCCGAACGUCACAAUCGGCUUCCCCAAUUGCACACCCCUAAGCAAAACCUUUCCAAUUCUACAACAACUCACUCAAGCGAAACUAUACCUAGAAAUAGGGUCUGAGGCACAGAAAGCAAUGGAACUGCUCCUUCAGUCACAGCGGCUGGAAACGGUGGGUUUGGCAUUACAUGGAGACUUUUCGGCUGAAGAGCCAAAGCGUUUCCGCGAAUCGCAGAGAAUCUUGAGGGAUGGGCACAUAUGGGACGAUGCCUCGCAAGGCAAACUCGUUGUUUUGAACUGGCCGAGGUUAAGACACAUGGAUCUGGUUACCAACCUAAAGUGUUUGACGGAACUUCUAAAAUACUUCGAACCUGAUCUUCAUCCUGUCACCCAGCGCCUUAUUGAUAACCAUCCCCAACGAUUGAAAGAGGUGGAUAUCGAAAUAGCCACUGAAGGAGUAAUAUUUGCGGAACCCGCCCUCAAACCUCUUUCCGCAUUCGUCACGCGACUAAACGAAUUGACUGUUUUAAAACUCAAUGCGUUCGACUCUAAUACUAUACCAAUGUCUAUCGCACUUCAGGGCGACACGUUGAAGGUUUUGCGCCUGGUGGGCCCCGGAAAAGACUCAAGAACGUUCUUCUUGGAUCCAUGGGCACUUAGGCUCAUCAUUACAAAAUGUCGUGUUCUACAAGAACUAGCGUUGUAUGUUUAUAUUGAAAACAGAAAGUCUUCGCUGUUACAUAUAUGCACGCUUCCAUUAUUGACCAUACUACAAAUGGAAAUAAAAGGCAACAAUAUCCCAUAUUACAAUCGGUACCAUGUCGCAGAGGAUCUAUUGGAGUUGAUGACAACCAUGGCCAACGGGAAAACAGGUUUGGACUUUCGGAAGGAGGGAGAAGUCAUGUUAACCAGUCAUAAUGGCAUGGGCGGAAGUUAUACUCUCGCUCUCAGGGGAUCGCCAGAUGAAGCUGCAGAUUUUCUCAGUUUACUUUCUGCAUACCAUAACUAA